CCAAUGGACCUCACACACGACUGACUUAAUCAACCAGAGGAGCGCUAGCUGCCAAUCUCGUCCGUACCACACACACCCCAAACACACGACACACACACACACACACACGCGGGCCGAUCUCUCUGUCUUUCUAUUGACCAUAUCAUGGCUUGAAGGGGUUGCUGACAGACAUGAAGUCGAUGACCCUAGUAUCGUCCGCACCAUCAUCUAGCCGCGACACGGCCUUGUCGCUCUUGGCAGGGGAGAAAAAGGUGCACACCGACCUCCUGUCUGCGAGCAUCCCGCGCACUCGGCUGCUCCUGAUGCACACAGCCCAUCCAUCCAUCACACUCCAUCCAUGCGUGUGUGUGCGUGUGUGUCUGGUGUAGGUGGCUCACGCACGCGAGCAGUGUGGCGAUGCCGUUCCAGCAUGCGAUAAGGGCCAUGUGGUUGGCCGCGGUGAAGAGCUUCAGCUGGUGCCAUCUCGGUGCAAGGCGGACCAGCAGAAGAGACACGGGAAGCACCAAAAACCAAAAACCCAGCAAUGUCUGAUAUCAACACAGAGAGAAGGAAGAGCCUUUUCUGCUGCCCCGAGACAUUAUGGUUCCUUCCUUGCUAACCCCGGCGAGUGUGUCGGCAUGCCUCCCCGGCCCAGUCGACGUGGAGUGCGCGUAGGAAUGGAGCAGCAGGUCUUGGUAGCACAGGUACCACACCCCAGACAACUGCACACAGGUCCAUGUCUCCAUGCGAGACGUGAGACACCCACACCCAUCCACUCGCGCCUCUUUGGGCUUACUUACAGUGACAUAGAUAAGGCCCGGCACAGAGCCGUAUAUAUCGACAGCAGACGACCCCAGCGACCGCACCCCAUACUCCGCCCACCCCGCCCACGACUCCACACCCAAACCCAGCACACAGAAUCCAAUCGCAAACGCCACGCGGCCCGGGAAGAAUUGACGGUGAAGGCCCGGUGCCCUCGUCUGUGUCUCUGAAGGUGUCUUGGCUGGGUUGUGUGGAGAGGGCUGCGUAUGAUGCGCCCAGGAGGGGCCCCUCUGCUGCUGAGCGGAGGAUAGGGGUCGACUCAUCGGACCCCAACAAACCUGAGACACAAAGAAGGAAAGGUAGAUCGGUGAGCGGACGAGUGGAAGGCAGUCAUUAAUCGAUCACCGUCGGCAAUGCGCAUCAGGAUGAGAAUAAGGGCCACCCUUGAAAGCGCAAACAGAGCUGAAAAAGGGCAACAAGAGGCAGAGGUUGCCAUCUCGAUUGUCCUUCGUCUCUGCUUACUCAGAGCGACUUGUUUGGCCAGAGGGCUGCCCACCCCAUCAGCAGCAUACCACACCCAGUGGUGCACGACCAUCAGGCCGGCGAAAACACCACUCCACACAGACAACCCCAGCAACAGCCACAAACGACAUCCAUCACGCCCCUGCACACGGAGAUACACAGACGAGAGAGACGAGUCCAUGUCUCCCCCACUAAACCUUUUCUUACCACCACCACAUACUUACCCAUGUGGUGGGCUGCAUGGUGACCCAUGGCGGCGAGGGCAGGCUGCUGAGUAUUCGCUGCAGUGCAUUCAGCCCGGCGGCUGGGGCGCGGUGGUCAGCGAUCCAUUGGGAUAUGUGUGGGUCUGCGGCAAGGUCGUGGCCGUGGAGCAGCAGCUUGGUGACGAGGAGGGCUGUGAGAAGCGCACACAGUGUGAAGACGACCGAGAACCCCAGGACGCCUGAUGCACACACACACACGUGGGGAGACGGUGGGAUGGACGGCUUUGUGGUUGGUUGGCCGGCUGGUCAGACCGUGCUCGUCGAUGCCCAGCUCUCUUUUCCAGCCUUGCAGUGGGUUUUCGAAGGAGAUCUUGACUGAGUAUUCCACAGGCCGCUGGCCGCACGAUAGCACCGCUGCAUACCUGCACACACGGACUCAACACAGGCAUCCCACUCACUCCACUCGUUCAGUCGAUGUCUCUCACUUACCCACCCACCCACCAGUAUCUCGGCUGCGACUUCUCCGUCACGUUGACAUCCAUCUUGAGGGGCAUUAUCUCUCCCGCUUGACUUCCCUUGUCCGCCCCAGCGAUGCUGCCCAUCAGCCAGCCCAGCCACGACGAUGACGUCGACGGAGCAGGAGAAGAACUGCUCGGCACCGUCGGCUGCCUUCUCGUCGACUCCCCGCCAUAUGGCGCAGUGGGGGGGAUCUUGUUCAUCACUUUCAAUGGUAAUGAGUCGUCGCCUAUGGGCGGCAGCAGCGGGUCCACGUUGGCCGUGUUGGUGGUGUCCAUAUUGAGCACAUCGAGCGGCAGGAAGAGACCCAGCCCCUCCGGGCCCAUCAACAGGUCAUCGAGGAAAUCGCGGGGAGAGGGGAACUGCACCUCCCAACGAGCGUGGAGCAACUGAACGGCCAGAUAACAGUGGCAUCCAUGACACCAAGGGACACAAGGAACAAAAGAAAAGCAAAGAAGUUACCUACCUUGUCUUCACAGCUCGAUUCGGCCCACGUGGCGUCGGCUGCACGGAGGCAACGAUGCAGAACUGUUACUGUGAAUCAUACGUGUGCCCGUCAUCUUUCUGCGCCGAUACCCUGUGGGAAUGACUGCCACUGGUCGUCGAACAGCAGCACAUACAGCCGGUCCUGAGAGGUCAAAGGGGCCGAAGGCGUCAGCUGAAACCUGAACAGACCUGCACCGGGGGAACACGCAAAGGGCAUAAGAACACAUUGUCAGCCGCUUUGUUCGCACCUGGCUUCAGUGCAGGGUCCAGCGAGUAGUCAUAGCAGAACUUGCCCUCGAUUUUCCCUGUCCGGGGAGACAGCAGAGACUGCCCCGUCACCUUCUUUGCAAUGGCACGUUGAUCAAGGGCCCUCAGCAAGAGCACCAGAAAGAGCGUUGAUGGCCGGAGGCUCGACGGCCGGGUCGGGCUCAGGCGAGAGAUGGUGGAGAGAAUUAGGGCGGGAAAUCGCAACAUCGGGCGACGGCAAGGGAGGUGGCGCACAAGAGUGAAGGGUGUUUCUUAGACGAGAGUAUCGAUUGGCGAACAAGGAUCCUCAGACGAAGGCGGGGGAGGGGAGAGAGAACGAAAGAAUUCCUG